AUGUCAAAGCCCCUCCAACAGUUCUAUGAAAAAUGGAAUACGGUACAGCAACGAUAUUAUACAUCCGUUUUGGAAGCUUUAGCAAUCAACGAUAUCACAACUUACAGCACUCUGAAACAGAAAAGCCUUGAGGAUUUGCAUACGAUCACAAAUGUGCCUAGGCCUAUAAUGCAUGCUUUUGUCAAACAAAUCCAGUAUGACCUUCUAAAGCAUGAGAAUGAAGUAGACAAUAUAGGAUCAUCGAGCCAAAGCUUAACCGGUAACUUUAGUGAAAUAAUGUCUACGAACGACGCAACUCCAAGGGUUCAAUAUCUAUCCACAGGAUUUGAAAGACUUGAUGAACUUCUUUCUCAGGGAUUACAGUUCGGACAAUUUGUUGAGAUUUGCGGUGAAGCUACUGCGAAUAAGUUCAAAUUCGUCUCUCAUGUGCUGUUAUCUUUCUCCUCUUCAUAUAACACAGAUAACUUACAUCUUUUCGACGUAACUGGAAUGCUAGAGCCAAGACGUCUAAGCAACCCAUUCAUAAACGACAAGGAUAAAUUCAAUAUGCUUGCUCAUAUUAAAUGUCACCAAGUCUUCAAUUUGCAUAAUCUUUUACAAUCAUUAGAAAAUCUAGCAGCACUUCUUCUAUCAAAGAGUGGCAAUGCCAAUUCAGGAUGGUUGGAAAACGAGCAUGUUUUAAUUGUUAUUGAUGACUUGUCCAAAAUAAUAGAUCAACAACAACAAGCAACAGAUCAUUUGAUUCGUAUCUUCCAAACUUUAUGUGGAAAGCUAAAUUGUUGCAUUGUCAAUAUUCAUCAUAUCUCCAUGGAAGCAUCAAAGCCCCAAAAGCAGCAUAAAGCAUAUAGCUUGUGGGACUCUACAGUUGAUCUAAAGUUGCAUGUUGAAGAAGCUAAUGAUGGGCAGCCUCGUUCUAUUUCUGUAGGCGUUCUGAAAUCUCGUGAUCCGGUGAGUUUUGAAACCAGCUAA